CAGUGGAAACAGAGCGCCUGUGGUUGGCCCAUAUGCACGGGGGUGUGUAAGUGUUACGUAAUCAUCAGAGGAUGAAAACCUGCAUCUACUGAGUAAGAGAGACAGAGAGGUCAGAAGUGAGAGAGACAGAUAGAGAUUAACAGGAUCCAGGCCUCCCAGUCUCACAGCCAGUGUGACAGAAGAGCAGCACUGACUGUGUACAUGAUAGUGUAUAUGCCUGGGUGCAUGUCACAACGCUGCCAACACUCUCCGUUCUCUGGGUCUGCUCAUUGUAUCACAGGACUGCGGCAGAACUUUCUGGCCCAUUCAUUUGUUUACAUCUGACACCUGCUCUGGUUUUGGACUGAAUCUGGACUUGACUGGACAAGAUGUUCCUGCAUUUGGGAGGGUCCAGUGGGAAGGUGGGCAUGCUGCUCAUCAGGAGAGUGGGUCUGUUUUGUCGUUCUGCACACUUGUCUCCCCAAAGCCUGGAGUAUCGACCAAUCAAAAAGGUCAUGGUGGCAAACAGAGGUGAAAUAGCCAUCCGGGUGUUUCGUGCAUGCACAGAGCUUGGGAUCCGCACAGUGGCUGUAUAUUCAGAGCAGGACACCGGGCAGAUGCACAGACAGAAGGCAGAUGAAGCUUACCUCAUUGGCAGAGGCCUGUCCCCGGUUGCAGCCUAUCUCCAUAUCCCCGACAUAAUCAAAGUGGCUAAGGAAAAUAGUGUGGAUGCAAUCCACCCUGGUUAUGGCUUUUUAUCAGAGCGUGCAGACUUUGCCCAAGCCUGUGCUGAUGCUGGGGUAAGAUUCAUUGGUCCUUCCCCAGAGGUUGUGCGCAAGAUGGGGGAUAAAGUGGAAGCCCGUGCCCUGGCCAUAAAAGCAGGUGUUCCAGUUGUUCCCGGAACAGACGCACCCAUCUCAUCUCUUCAAGAGGCUGAGGAUUUUGCCAAAACAUAUGACUUUCCCAUCAUCUUUAAAGCUGCAUAUGGAGGAGGAGGCCGUGGGAUGAGGGUGGUCCGAGAUUAUGAGGAAUUAGAGGAGAACUAUCAGCGAGCAUAUUCAGAGGCUCUGGCGGCAUUUGGUAAUGGUGCUCUGUUUGUUGAGAAGUUCAUCGAGAAACCACGACACAUUGAAGUACAAAUUCUUGGUGAUAAAUAUGGAAACGUGAUUCAUCUGUAUGAGAGGGAUUGCUCUAUCCAGAGAAGACAUCAGAAAGUUGUAGAGAUCGCUCCUGCUGCCCAGCUCGACCCUCACCUCAGAGAAAGAUUGACCUCAGACUCAGUCAACCUGGCCAAACAGGUGGGUUAUGAGAACGCAGGCACAGUAGAGUUCCUGGUUGACAAACAUGGGAAACACUACUUCAUCGAGGUGAACUCCCGUCUACAGGUGGAACAUACAGUUACCGAGGAAAUCACUGAUGUGGAUUUGGUUCAUGCACAGCUGCGUGUGUGUGAAGGCCGCAGUCUUCCUGAGCUGGGUCUCGAGCAGGACAAGAUCCAGAUCAAUGGCUGUGCCAUUCAGUGCCGGGUCACUACAGAAGACCCCUCCCGUGGUUUUCAACCAGACACGGGUCGCAUAGAGGUGUUUCGCAGUGGAGAGGGUAUGGGCAUUCGUCUGGAUAGCGCGUCUGCGUUUCAGGGGGCCAUCAUCUCCCCUCACUAUGACUCGCUGCUGGUUAAAGUCAUAGCCAGUGGCAAAGACCUCCCCACCGCUGCAACCAAAAUGCACAGAGCGCUCACUGAGUUCAGAGUUCGUGGUGUUAAGACUAAUAUCCCCUUCCUGCAGAAUGUAUUGAGCAAUAGCCAGUUCCUGUAUGCCACAGUUGACACCCAAUUUAUUGAUGAGAACCAGAAACUUUUCAACCUCAAACCUACACAGAACAGAGCCCAGAAACUCCUGCACUAUCUGGGUCACGUAAUGGUAAAUGGGCCCGUGACUCCUAUUCCAGUGAAAGCCAAGUCCUCAUCUGUUGAUCCAGUUGUUCCUUCUGUUUCUCUGGGUGAACCGCCCAUGGGCUUCCGUGAGGUCUUGUUGAAGGAGGGUCCUGAGGGUUUUGCACGGGCAAUUCGACAGCACCAGGGUCUUUUACUGAUGGACACUACCUUCAGAGAUGCCCACCAGUCCCUACUGGCCACUCGCGUCAGGACACACGACCUCAAGAAGAUUGCUCCAUUUGUGAGCCACAACUUCAAUAAUCUGUUCAGCCUGGAGAACUGGGGAGGAGCUACAUUUGAUGUAGCAAUGCGUUUUCUGUGGGAAUGUCCGUGGAAGAGACUUCAGGAGCUCCGAGCUCUGAUUCCCAAUGUCCCAUUUCAGAUGCUGCUACGUGGAGCCAAUGCUGUGGGAUACACAAACUACCCUGAUAAUGCAGUUUUCAAAUUCUGCGAAGUAGCCAAAGAGAACGGAAUGGAUAUCUUCCGUGUUUUUGACUCCUUGAAUUAUAUUCCCAACAUGCUUUUGGGGAUGGAAGCAGCAGGGACGGCUGGAGGUGUGGUAGAGGCGGCUAUUUCUUACACAGGAGACGUGUCUGACCCCAUGAGACAGAAAUACUCACUGGAGUAUUAUCUGAAGCUGGCAAAUGAGCUAGUUAAGGCUGGAACACACAUACUGGCUAUUAAGGACAUGGCUGGCCUGCUGAAGCCCGAAGCCAGCCGUUUACUGAUUGGAGCACUGCGUGACCGUUUCCCUGAUGUCCCUAUCCAUGUUCACACUCACGAUACUGCAGGUGCGGGAGUCGCGGCAAUGUUAGCCUGUGCACACGCAGGUGCGGAUAUAGUGGAUGUAGCAGUGGACUCCAUGGCAGGCAUGACCUCUCAACCAAGCAUGGGUGCCAUCGUAGCCUGUACCAAAGGAACCAAACUUGAUACUGGUGUUUCUCUGGACAGAGUCUUUGACUACAGCGAGUACUGGGAAGUUGCUCGUGGUCUGUAUGCUCCCUUCGACUGCACCGCCACAAUGAAGUCUGGUAAUGCAGAUGUUUAUGAAAAUGAGAUCCCAGGGGGCCAGUACACCAACCUACACUUCCAGGCCCACAGCAUGGGCCUAGGUAACAAGUUCAAAGAGGUGAAGAAAGCCUACGUCGAAGCCAACAAGCUGCUGGGAGACCUUAUCAAAGUGACCCCCUCCUCUAAGAUUGUGGGUGAUCUGGCUCAGUUUAUGGUGCAGAACUCUCUCUCCCGGGCUGAGGUGGAAGAGAGAGCAGACGAGCUCUCUUUCCCUCUGUCUGUUGUGGAGUUCUUGCAGGGACACAUUGGAAUACCACACGGAGGAUUCCCUGAGCCUUUCAGGUCAAAGGUUCUCAAGUCAUUGCCUCGAAUCGAAGGUCGUCCAGGGGCUUCACUUCCACCAAUGGACUUCGAGGCUCUUGAGUCUGAUCUGCGGAUGGCACAUGGUGAUGAAAUAACUCCUGAAGAUGUGAUGUCGGCAGCCAUGUACCCUAAAGUCUUCCAGGAGUUUAAAGAGUUCACAUCAAAGUUUGGCCCAGUGGACUGCCUUAACACUCGCCUGUUUCUGGAUGGCCCCAAAAUCGCAGAUGAGUUUCAGGUGGAGUUGGAGAGAGGGAAAACUUUGCACAUCAAAGCCUUGGCCUUGGGUGACUUGAACAAGUCUGGUCAGAGAGAGGUGUUUUUUGAACUCAACGGCCAGCUGCGUUCAGUCUUGGUCAAGGAUACGGCAGCAAUGAAGGAGAUGCACUUUCACCCUAAAGCCUUGAAAGACGUGCGGGGACAGGUUGGAGCUCCCAUGCCCGGUAAAGUGGUGGAAGUAAAGGUGAAGCCAGGUCAGAAGGUGGAGAAAGGUCAGCCUCUCUGCGUCCUCAGCGCCAUGAAGAUGGAGACAGUUGUCAACUCGCCAAUCUCAGGCAUCAUAUCCAAGGUGCACGUCAAUGCUGACAGCAGCCUGGAAGGAGACGACCUCAUCCUGGAAAUAACCGAAUAAAGUUUAAAAGUUAUAGAGGUUAAAAGUUUCUUUUGUAAAAAAUAAAUUAAUUAAUUAAUUAAUAAAUU